AUGUUCAACUCGAUGACCCCACCACCAGUUAGUAGCUAUGGUGAACCCUGCUGUCUCCGGCCACUCCCCAGCCAGGGGCCCCCCAACAUGGGUGCAGAAGGACUGUCUGGUCUACCGUUCUGCCCCCAAGCCAACCUCCUGUCAGGUCCCCAGAGUUAUGGGCCUUCCAGAGAGACCAACAGCUGCCCCGAGGGCCCACUCUUUCCUCCUCCCCGGAGUACAGUCAAGUUGGCCAAGAAGCGGGCACUGUCCAUCUCACCUCUGUCGGAUGCCAGCCUGGACCUGCAGACCGUUAUCCGCACAUCCCCCAGCUCCCUCGUGGCCUUCAUCAACUCCCGCUGCGCAUCCCCCGGAGGCUCCUACGGCCAUCUCUCCAUUGGCACCGUGAGCCCCUCUCUAGGAUUCUCAUCCCAGAUGAAUCAUCAAAAAGGGACCUCGCCCUCUUUUGGGGUCCAGCAGCCCUGUGGGCCCCAUGACUCCACCCAGGGUGGGAUGAUGCCGCACCCUCAGGCUCGGGGACCCCUCCCAACCUGCCAGCUGAAGUCAGAACUGGACAUGCUGGUCGGCAAGUGUCCGGAAGAGCCUUUGGAAGGUGACAUGUCCAGCCCCAACUCCACAGGCACACAGGAUCCCCUGUUGGGGAUGCUGGAUGGGCGAGAGGACCUGGAGAGGGAGGAGAAGCCGGAGCCAGAGUCUGUCUAUGAGACCGACUGCCGCUGGGAUGGCUGCAGCCAGGAAUUUGAUUCCCAGGAGCAGCUGGUGCACCAUAUCAACAGCGAACACAUCCACGGUGAGCGGAAAGAAUUCGUAUGCCACUGGGGGGGCUGCUCCCGGGAGCUGAGGCCUUUCAAAGCCCAGUACAUGCUGGUGGUGCACAUGCGCAGACAUACGGGCGAGAAACCACACAAGUGCACGUUUGAAGGGUGUCGGAAGUCGUACUCCCGCCUGGAAAACCUGAAGACGCACCUGCGGUCGCACACGGGCGAAAAGCCAUACAUGUGUGAACAUGAGGGAUGCAGCAAAGCCUUCAGCAAUGCCAGUGACCGAGCCAAGCACCAGAACCGGACCCACUCUAAUGAGAAGCCAUAUGUGUGCAAGCUCCCUGGCUGCACCAAGCGCUACACAGAUCCCAGCUCACUCCGGAAACAUGUCAAGACGGUGCACGGGCCUGAUGCACACGUAACCAAGCGGCACCGGGGUGAUGGUCCCUUACCCCGGGCCCCAGCCCUUCCCACCGUGGAACCCAAGAGGGAGCGGGACGGAGGCCCCAUCAGGGAAGAUGGCCGACUGACAGUGCCAGAGGGGGCCAUGAAGCCACAGUCGAGCCCUGGGGCCCAAUCUUCCUGUAGCAGUGACCAUUCCCCAGCGGGCAGCGCAGCCAAUACAGACAGCGGGGUGGAGAUGACUGGCAACGCAGGCGGCAGCACCGAGGACCUGUCCAGCCUGGACGAGGGGCCUUGUCCUGCUGGCACCGGCCUGUCUACCCUUCGCCGCCUGGAGAACCUCAGGCUGGACCAGCUACAUCAGCUCCGUCCAGGGGUGCCCCGGGCUCUCAAGCUACCCAGCCUGACCCACACCGGUGCCCCUGGAUCCCGCUGUCUGGGCCCCCCAGUCUCCCUUGACCGCCGCAGCAGCAGCUCUAGCAGCAUCAGCUCUGCCUAUACCGUCAGCCGCCGCUCCUCUCUGGCCUCUCCAUUCCCUCCCGGCUCCCCACCAGAGAAAGGGGCAUCCUCCCUUCCAGGCCUCACGCCUGCCCAGCACUACCUGUUCCGGGCAAGAUAUGCCUCUGCCAAGGGUGGUGGUGUCCCACCCACUUUGGCACCCAGCCUGGAUCGGACCGGGGCUCUGCCUGCACCUCCUUGGAGAAGCCGAGCUGAGUACCCCGGAUACAAUCCCAAUGCAGGAGUCACCCGGAGGGCCAGUGACCCCGCCCGGGCUGCUGACCGCCCUGCUCCAGCCAGGGUUCAGCGGUUCAAGAGCCUGGGUUGUGUCCACACUCCACCUACCAUGGCAGGGGGAACGAGGAGCUUUGAUCCCCACCUCCCAAGCUCUGUCUAUUCUCCACAGCCUCCCAGCAUCACCGAGAAUGUCACCAUGGAUACUCGAGUCUUGCGGGAGGGACCAGAGGUUGGGACCUCCAUAAUGGCCAGUGGCUUGAACCCUUACAUGGACUUCCCGCCCACCGAUUCCCUGGCGUAUGGGGGACCUGAAGGGGCAGCUGCGGAACCUUAUGGGCCUAGAGGCCCAACAGGCUCCCUGCCUCUCGGGCCCGGUCCUCCUACCAACUAUGGCCCCAACCCCUGUCCUCAACAGGUUUACCCUGAACCCGCCCCAGAGACAUGGAAUGAAUUUCCUUCCCAUCCGGGGCUGUACCCAGGCCCCAAGGCUCCAAGUGGGGCCUAUAGCCAGUGUCCUCGACUUGAACACUAUGGCCAAGUUCAGGUCAAGCCAGAACAGGGGUGUCCAGUGGGGUCUGAGUCCACAGGGUUAGCACCCUGCCUCAAUACCCACACACAUGAGGGACCCCCACGCCCACAGCCUCUGUUCUCCCACUACCCACAGCCCCCUCCUCCACAGUAUCCCCAGGCAGGCCCCUAUCCCCAGCCCCCCUCUGAGUAUCUUCCUUCCGAGCCCAGGCCUGGCUUGGAUUUUGACCCCUCAACUCAUUCCACCGGACAGCUCAAGGCUCAGCUAAUGUGUAAUUACAUACAGUCUCAACAGGAACUGCUGUGGGAGGGUGGUGGCAGGGGGGAUGCCCCAGUCCAGGAAGCUCCCUACCAGAGCCCCAAGUUUCUGGGGGGUUCCCAGGUUAGCUCAAGCCCCACCAAGGCCCCAGUGGCCGCAUAUGGACCUGGUUUUGCACCCAGCUUGCCCAAUCACAAGGCAGGUUCAUAUCCUACUCCCCCACAGUGUCAUGACAGUUUUGCCACAGGGACAAACAGGGCUUCCCACAGGCCAGCGGCACCACCCCGGCUUCUGCCUCCCCUGCCAGCUUGCUAUGCACCCCUUAAAGCUGGAAGUAGUAACCCCAGCUGUGGCCACCCAGAAGUGGGCAGGCUGGGAGGGGGUCCUGCCUUGUACCCUCCUCCUGAAGGGCAGGUGUGCAACCCGCUGGACUCUCUUGACCUUGACAACACUCAGCUGGACUUUGUGGCUAUUCUGGAUGAGGCCCAGGGGCUGAGUCCUCCCCAUUCCCAAGACCAGGGGGGCAGCUCUGAGCUACCUUCCUCAGGGCCCCCUAACAUGGCUGUGGGCAGCAUGAGCGUCUUGCUGGGUUCCCUGCCUGGAGAGACGCAAUUCCUCAACUCCAGUGCCUAG